AAUAUGUUGAAUCUGUAUAUUAUAGACAAAUAGAAGUCUCAAUUCGAUAUUGAAAAUGGACUCAAUGGAGGAAGAACAAUGUUUACAUCAAUGUGCAAGCUAUUUCCAGAGCCAUAACAUACAAUUAUUAUUUAAAGAUUGUAUAGUUCAACUUUGUUUACAUAAACCUGAAAAUCCUGUAACUUUUUUGCGACAAUAUUUUCAAAAAUUAGAGAGAGACCAAGUUAAAGCGGCGGCAGCUGCAGCUGCUUCAUCUGAAGGUGAGGCAGAUGGAGAAUUAUCACCAUUGCCAGUACCCGGCGGUCAAUUGCCAAGACGCCGGGGUGGUAUCAGCGCUGAACCAGUCACGGAGGAAGAUGCUACUAGCUAUGUCAAAAAGGUUGUGCCAAAGGAUUAUAAAACGAUGGGUGCAUUGUCAAGAGCGAUUGCAUCAAAUGUUCUAUUUACUCACUUAGAUGAGUGUGAACGAGCGGACAUGUUUGAUGCCAUGUUCCCUGUACAAUGUCUACAGGGGGAAACUGUUAUCAGACAAGGCGAUGAGGGUGACAACUUCUACAUCAUAGAUUCCGGAGAAGUUGAGGUUCUAGUGAAUGGUGAACCAGUGACAACUAUUGGGGAGGGUGGUAGCUUUGGUGAACUGGCACUUAUAUAUGGAACUCCCCGAGCAGCUACAGUACGUGCUCGUACUCCCCUGAAGCUCUGGGGUCUGGAUAGAGAUUCGUACCGAAGAAUCCUAAUGGGCUCCACCAUCAGGAAGAGAAGAAUGUAUGACGAGUUUCUCUCAAGAGUGUCCAUUUUAGAAAGCCUAGAAAAAUGGGAGCGUUUGACUGUAGCGGAUGCACUGGAACCAGUAUCGUUUAAUGACGGAGAGACCAUAGUACGACAGGGUGAACCUGGCAAUGACUUCUAUAUCAUUGUCGAAGGUACAGCCGUGGUGCUGCAGCAGAGAGGAGGUUCGGGUGAUCCGGUCGAGGUGGGGAGAUUGGGCCCGUCGGAUUACUUCGGGGAGAUAGCGUUGUUACUGGACCGACCGCGAGCCGCCACCGUGAGGGCGGACGGACCACUCAAAUGUGUCAAAUUAGACCGAGCCAGAUUCGAAAGGGUCCUGGGUCUUUGUGCCGAUAUCUUGAAGCGAAACAUCGCGCAGUACAAUAGUUUCGUUUCUCUGUCAGUGUAACACUAACCUAAUGGAUAGGAACGUUGAUACUGUUGAGUUGUAUGUUUUAAUUUUAAUACAUAUGUUAUUUGUUUUGUCUCGCUUCUAUGCAGCGAUUUUAUUAUUUUGUGCAGAAUUGUGUUAAUUUUUUUCAUAAUGUUAAUAAUAUAGAAAUUUUUUAUGCGUUUAUUACUUAAAAGUUGAAUGUAAAAUAAAUACUUACUGUCAUAUCUCUCCUAACAUGUCGUGUAAGAGAUGUUACAUGGUUUUUAUAACUUAAUAUAUUAUUAUGUUGUGAUAAAUAGUAUGUGGUAUUUUAAAUUAUUUCUAGCACUCUCGUAAUGGCAAUAGUUAAUAAAAUUCUUUAUGAUUAUAAUCGUAGACUAAAAAUGAGUAAAGUUAAACCAACCAUUAUGUAAUUAAAUUAAAGUAUACGUAAAACUCACUUUAACCCUUGAAAAUAAUUUAACUAUAAUAGCACUUGUUAAAACUUGUUUUUCUCAAGAAAUAGAAUUGUCAGUCACUCAACCACUUAUAUUAGGUCAUAAAAAUAAUAGUUUUUUACAAUUUUGAACUCGUUUAAUCUCAUGAAAUUUUUUUUUUAUAUACGACACUAUCAAAGGAAAUAAUUGUCCAAUUCAUGCUAACAUUAUUAAAAUACAGAUUAUGUGUAUGUAAAAAGCUUCACAGAUGUUGUUUUUUAUUAAAUUAUUAUUAAAAUGUUAUUAUUAAUAUAAAUUUGUUUUAAACUA